GUCUCCCCUACGGCCGGAGCGCAGCGCUACCAGAUGCAAGUGCGGGGGAAGCGACUCGGCUCCUCCAUAGAAACGAAUCAACUUCUUUGUGCUGCUCUGGUGACUCUUCCCGGCUCCAGCUCCACGUAGGAUGGAUUUCUUCAAGCUCUGCCCUGCCUAACAUGGAUGCCCAGCCACCUCCACCACCACCACCUCCACCAUCAUCUUCCUCAGCUGAGUCGGAGGGCUGUUUCUUCUUGGCGCAGUGAGCUGGACACGCAGUGCUUCUUCUUCUCUUCUUUUUUUUUUUUUUUUUUUCUUUUUUUCUUUUUUCGCCAAAUGGAUGUGGGGAAACCGUUGCCCAGCCCGCUGGUGGUGAUCAUGCCGUGAUAUUGCAGCCGCCCUGCUUCACAUUAAAGGGGUGACAGAGAGAGAGAGAGAGAGAGAGAGAGAGAGAGAGAGAGAGAGAAAGAAAAAAAAAAACAAAUCUGGGGAAUAUACCGAUUCAGGGAAUAACAAUCCUGUGCACCACACAAGCACCAUGAAGAUUACCUCCCUGCUGAUAUUUAAUGCGAGAGUCAGGUGCACCGUCAGGCUUCUACUGCUGCUAUUACACUGUGUGGGAUAUUCUCAUGGGAUGCCACACGUCUUGAGAUUUGGGGGGAUAUUCGAGUCCAUUGAAAGUGGCCCAUCAGGCGCUGAGGAACUAGCCUUUAAAUUUGCUUUAAACACAAUCAACAGGAACAGAACCCUACUGCCAAACACCACGCUCACCUACGACAUCCAAAGGAUAAACAUCUAUGACAGCUUCGAAGCCUCCAGGAAAGCUUGUGACCAGCUUUCUCUGGGAGUAGCAGCCAUCUUUGGUCCCUCUCACAGUUCCUCUGCUAAUGCAGUCCAGUCCAUUUGCAAUGCCCUGGGCGUGCCACACAUCCAGACCAAAUGGAAGCAUCAGGUAUCGGACAACAGAGACGUGUUCUACGUUAGCCUCUAUCCAGACUUCUCCUCCCUCAGCCGGGCCAUCCUGGACCUGGUCCACUUCUUCAAGUGGAAGACAGUUACUGUGGUUUAUGAUGACAGCACUGGUCUGAUUCGGUUGCAAGAACUUAUAAAGGCGCCUUCCCGGUACAACAUCCGGUUAAAGAUCCGGCAACUGCCCGCAGAGACCAAGGAUGCCAAGCCGCUGUUGAAGGAGAUGAAGAGAGGGAAGGAGUUUCACAUCAUCUUUGACUGUGGCCACGAAAUGGCUGCUGGGAUUCUGAAGCAGGCUCUCGCCAUGGGGAUGAUGACAGAGUAUUAUCACUAUAUCUUCACCACACUGGAUCUGUUUGCACUGGACGUGGAGCCUUACCGAUACAGUGGUGUGAACAUGACGGGCUUCAGGAUCCUCAACACUGAGAACAGCCAAGUGGCCUCCAUCAUCGAGAAGUGGUCCAUGGAGCGACUUCAGGCUCCACCCAAACCUGACUCUGGUCUACUGGACGGCUUCAUGACCACGGACGCCGCGCUGAUGUACGAUGCUGUGCACGUGGUGGCCGUGGCUGUGCAGCAGUCUCAGCAGAUCACUGUCAGCUCAUUACAGUGCAACCGACACAAGCCCUGGCGCUUUGGGAACCGCUUCAUGGCCCUCAUCAAAGAGGCCCACUGGGAUGGCCUGACGGGGAGAAUCACUUUCAACCGGACCAACGGCUUGAGGACAGACUUUGACCUCGAUGUCAUCAGUCUGAAGGAGGAGGGGCUUGAGAAGAUUGGUACCUGGGACCCUCCAAGUGGCCUGAACAUGACAGACAACCAGAGGGGAAAGACGACUAAUGUCUCCGAUUCCUUAUCCAAUCGAUCCCUGAUUGUCUCCACCAUACUGGAGGAGCCAUAUGUGAUGUUCAAGAAAUCUGACAAGCCACUGUACGGGAACGACCGCUUUGAGGGCUAUUGCAUAGACCUGCUGAGAGAGCUGGCUAACAUCCUGGGCUUCACUUAUGAGGUUCGCCUGGUGGAAGAUGGCAAAUACGGCGCCCAGGACGAGAACACGGGCCAGUGGAACGGCAUGAUCAAGGAGCUAAUGGACCACAGAGCUGAUCUGGCAGUGGCUCCUCUCGCCAUCACAUAUGUGCGCGAGAGGGUCAUCGACUUCUCCAAGCCCUUCAUGACGCUGGGUAUAAGUAUACUGUACCGCAAGCCAAACGGGACCAACCCUGGGGUCUUCUCCUUCCUCAACCCCCUGUCGCCUGAUAUCUGGAUGUAUAUUCUGCUGGCUUACUUGGGUGUCAGUUGUGUGCUGUUUGUCAUAGCCAGGUUUAGUCCCUACGAGUGGUAUAACCCCCACCCUUGCAACCCUGACUCGGAUGUAGUGGAAAACAAUUUCACCCUGCUAAAUAGUUUCUGGUUCGGAGUUGGAGCUCUCAUGCAGCAAGGAUCUGAGCUCAUGCCGAAAGCCCUCUCCACCAGAAUUGUAGGAGGAAUCUGGUGGUUUUUUACUCUCAUCAUCAUCUCCUCCUACACGGCAAACCUGGCUGCCUUCCUCACUGUUGAGAGGAUGGAGUCGCCCAUCGACUCUGCUGAUGACCUGGCCAAGCAGACGAAGAUAGAAUACGGGGUGGUGGAGGAUGGCGCCACAAUGACCUUCUUCAAGAAAACCAAGAUCUCCACGUAUGAUAAGAUGUGGGAGUUCAUGAGCAGCCGGAGGCACUCGGUGAUGGUGAAGAACAUGGAAGAAGGCAUUCACCGUGUGCUCACCUCAGACUACGCAUUCCUCAUGGAGUCCACCACCAUCGAGUUUGUCACACAGCGCAACUGCAACCUCACCCAAAUUGGAGGCCUCAUUGAUUCUAAAGCCUACGGGGUUGGCACACCGAUGGGCUCUCCGUACAGAGAUAAGAUCACUAUUGCCAUCCUGCAGCUUCAGGAGGAGGGAAAGCUGCACAUGAUGAAGGAGAAAUGGUGGAGAGGAAAUGGCUGUCCAGAGGAGGAGAGUAAGGAGGCCAGCGCCCUCGGGGUGCAGAACAUCGGAGGGAUAUUCAUCGUCCUGGCUGCUGGACUUGUCCUCUCCGUGUUCGUGGCUGUUGGAGAGUUUCUCUACAAGUCCAAACAGAAUGCACAACUUGAAAAGGCCCAAUGGCGACAACGAGAUAAGAAACCGGUCCUUCUGCAGCGCCAUGGUGGACGAGCUGCGGGUUUCCCUCAAGUGCCAGCGGCGGCUCAAACACAAGCCCCAGCCGCCUGUCAUGGUGAAAACAGAGGAGGUCAUCAACAUGCACACCUUCAACGACCGCAGACUGCCAGGGAAAGAGACCAUGGCCUAAAAUGGGAAUCUCAAUCACUUUAUCAGCCUCUUACUUGCAGUGAGGAGGUGUGCAGAGACACUGGGGGAAAGGGUGUGGGUAAAUGGUAAGGGGGUUGUAAUGGGGUUGUAAUGGUUGUUAGUUGGGUUUUUUGAAUAUAGAGCCGAGGUGCUACAGAGUAUAUUGACGAAAUGUCAUUCUUGUUACUUUAUAAAUAGCUAGGGAUAAGAGAUUCAACAAUAUUUCCUGUGGAAAUAACUUGAACCUGGGUGAAAUUUCAGCGAGUUACCUCAUUACUCUUACCACCUUGGCAAGGCGGCAAACUACAGGCGCCAGGAUUUUCAAAACCCAGGAUUUGAAGUGAGAAAGAGUCUGGAAAUAAAUUUAAGCUGGACAGAGGUGGUCCCUCACUAAAUAAAUAAAUAAAUAGAUAAAAUAGAAUUGGACCUAUCAUCUUCAGUUGCUGCUCAGUCAGUCUUUCACCACACAGCUCAGAAGAGGCUGGUUGAGAAGCAUCAAGAGCAUCUCAGAGAUUAUGAAUGAAUACACAGAUUCUAACUGGGGGAACCGGAAGGAAAGUUUGUAAAGGAUUGUUUAUUUUCAAAACUUGUGAAUAGAAUGAGCGAAUGGGCUCUCGACUAAAUUAAACCCAAAGCCCUGAAGAUGACAGCGAGCUUGGCUGCUCCUAAAUGUAUAGAGAGGCAUUGCUUAGUCACAUAUGAUAUUGAUUACAUCAAAAAUGGAUAUACUGUAUAUCAUCCAUCAGGCAAUAAGUGAUAUCAUUUAUUUGUGUUUCAGAGUACUAACACUUUUAGUCUUUAAUGUACUAUGGGGUGAUUUUUAGAGGCAGACUAUAUGGUGAAAUACACACAGAGAAUGCAGUUGUAGGGGCAAUAUAAUCAACUGUCCAUGUAUCAGCCAGUAACUUAAAGAGGAUUCUAUGGAGGUACACACCCUGAAUAUAAAUAAGGAGGAACCAUGGAAUGAUGUGAGCAUGGCUCACAAAGUCUAAAUUCACAGCAAUCACACAACACAUAAACUAUUUAUUCAAAGUAUUUAUUGUUUUAUUUAUAAAACUCCUUAUUUAUAUCUCUAUGGACUGGACUUUCACUACUGCCGUAAAUACACCUCAUGUCAACCCUUUAUGGGUACACAUGGUUUCUUUCCAUUUGCUCAAUGUCAAGUCUCCAGUUUCAUUUUGUAUUCCUGUGGCUUUUCUUUUUCUUUCUUUGGCAGCAAAGCUCCACAUUUACUUGUGCAAAUGCAAUUUCUAUGAAAAAGUGUUUUUGUACGAAGAGAAUCAAAAUUUUGUAAUGAUUUUUAUCAACACAAAACGCACCAUGAGGAGUGUCAUCCAUGUCAGAGGGGUGAUACUCCAGGCUGGUAGUAAGGCUUUCCUAGACACUAGACACUAGACGCAGCCAACACACACGCACGCAUGCACGCACACAGACACGCACACAGACACACACACACACACACACACACACACACUCACACACACACACACACACACACACACACACACACACACACACACACACCCAAGACUGCAGGGUGCACCCAUCCUCCAUGGAGCAGAUUCACACCAAUUACUACUAUUAGUACUACUGUUAGUACAGAGCAUUCUGGUACGCAUUAGUGACAUAAUGUUGUUUCUGGAGAAGAAGAAAAAAAAACUAUUUUUAUCAUGUAAAGGAAUCAUAUUUAAAGAAAGAUAUUUUUACUUCACAUGAACGAAGAGUAACAAUAAUACUGGUUAGAACAACUAUAUAGUCUACACACACAGGAUGGGAGGAAGACUGCUGAUGAUGCUUAUCAUUCUACACCCCCGAUUACUGAUAGACUGCUAGAAUCCAGUGCUGAGCAAUCGUGUGUAAAUGGUUUUAAAAAGGAAAAAGAUGUAUUUAAAAAAAAAAAAAAAAAUGAACACUUAACUAAUUUUGAACUUGUUGUGAAAACAAAAUGGAGUGCGCACAGUUUACCCUUUGAAGUUGCUGCACAAGUUUAAAGAAAAUAAAAAAAAGUAUUCACAA